UUUUGGGUUAGAGAUUAAGCCACGAAAAUGGCGGCGCCCUGCUCAAAUUGGUAUGAGAAACUGAAAGUUCACCCUCUUUGCAAACAGCUGAAGGAAACAAAUUUACAAAGAACAGAGUCGGGCAUCUUAAAUGAUGCAAAAAGCUUGAUAGCUGUGAAAAAUGGAGAUUUGUUUAUCUGGAACAGCUCUUCUUUAAACAUCAUCCACUGCAACUUAAACAGCCUGCUUUCAGAACACGAAGAUGCUUACACUCGUUUCCAGAUGUUGCAUUGUACUGACACCCCAAGGUUUGAAGUGGAUGGAUUGCUUCUCAACUCCAGUGGCAAUCAGCUUGCUAUAUGGGGACCUCGAGGAAUACGGGUUAUGGAGUUGCCACAGCGCAGAGGCAAAUUUUCAGAGUUUGAAGGCGGAAAAGAUGUUAUCACUUGCAAAACAAUCAGCAUUUGCUCACGGCAACUAGCAGGCAAUCAGUGGUUGCAGAUCCGUAAGAUUGCUUGGCACCCUGGCAGCUCAUCAGGCAUGCAUCUUGCGGUUCUAACUUCAGAUAAUGCUUUUAGCAUAUACAGUUUGCUAGAACCAGAUCGGCCCACAAAAGUAACAUACAUACAGCCACAAAAUGAAAUGAGCACCAGUUUUACAUCACCAAGUAAGUUAAACAUCAUGGCAGCUCUAGGUGAGACUGUAGUGGGAUUUGACUUUGGAGGUCCACAAGAAAUACAACCCCUGCCACAGCAAUUUCAAAUCCCAAAGCAGGAGGAUGUUCUCACUGUGUGGCCAGUCUUUUUUGUCAAAGGCAAUGGAGACAUCAUUGUUUCAUACUCAGAGGUGACUUCAAACAGACCACUACAGCUGCCUCUGCAAGGACCACUGGUUAUGUGCCCACCUGCUGAGGAUAACUAUGGUGUUGAUGCCUGCUCUGUUCUCUGCUUGGACACCUUGCCACCAGUUGUUGUCAUGGCAACAUGUGAUGGUCAUUUACAUCACUGUGUUGUGCUACCAAACUCAGAAGGAAAUUCUGCAAAAAAGGAAAUGAAACUGGCUCCAGGGAUGCCACAGUACCAACAUCCGGGUGAACCUUCGCUUUAUGUCAUGGAGUCUGUAGAACUGGAGUUGUCUCUCACCGAUCUCAGUAGUGACCUUGAAAACUCAGACCUCAGGUCUGACUCUUUUACUUGCCCAAUCAAGCUCAUGAAAGAUCCUUGUUGUCCUGAGCGGUACCAUUGUCUUCAUUCAGCAGGCAUUCACAGCAUUGCUCUACCCUGGAUAGCUAGCCUUAGCAUGUUUUUGUCAGAUGCAUCAAGUCACCUGACAUUGCCAGAUGACCAGGAAAGUGUUGUAGAGCAUCUCAUUUGCACUAAACCUCUCAACUCCAGCCCAGUAGCACCUGUGCUGGGUAUGGAUGUCAUCAAUGACCCAACCCUUUCCCCCACCAUGCUUGUCCUGUCCAUGGAAAAAGAAUUCUAUACACUUCCCAUGAGCAACAAGUACAAAGUACCAUGGAGAUAUACAAAGGAUGCCAUCAGCAUUGAAUCUUCACCCAGGCAUAGAGAAAUUGAGCCUUUUAGUCAACAAAUUUCCAGAAUCCUCCAUAGAUCGGUGUCCAAUCCUCUUUUGAUGACUAGUGCUAAGACAGAAAUGAGUUCUGAGGCAUGCUACAAGCUUCUAGUGAGGGUCACACAGGUACUACGUGAGGAAUACAUUCAAAAGCAAGAGCAUGCUCGACAUGAGGUAGAAACCAGGGUGGAAUUUUUGCGGCAUCAGAAAGAGCAGCAACUGCGGGAGCUCCAGGAGCUGGAGGAGACCAAGGAGAAUGUCACAGAAAAGGCAGAACACAUUGCAGAGAGACUGGAACUCUGCCAUGAUAACAAUGUCAAUCUCUUGCGACGCCUGGAAAGCAUAAUGCGAAAGAUACAAAGUCGAGUACCAGUGCUGUCCUCGGCAGAGAAAGAGAUGAAAGAGGAACUGAAACAGCUGGAAGAGAGAGUAAAAGAGUACAGCAUAAACCUCAAACAGCUGCAUAAGAAAUUAGAAUACCAGCAGGGGUAUCUGGGGCAGCCAAAGAUCAUUUCCCAAGAGUCAUCAGUCAUACAGCCACAACAGCUCAACAACAUCAAGAACAUCUUGCAUGAAGAGGGUGAUGAAAUUGGCCAUUUGAUGAAGCAAAUCUCACAGUUAAAAAUGGAGAUCAACUUAUGAGAAACCUCAGUUUCGUUGUAUAACCUCUUUUUUAUUUUUGCAUUUGUGAGAUAUGUUAUUCAACUGAUCUAUUGUAUUGUAUUUCAUCCAUCAUGUGUGGACAUUAACAUUGCUGCAUCAAUUCAAAGGAUGCCUCAAUUCAUCUGACAGUUUUCAUGCUGAGACAAUUGUUACAGGAUACAUGGGCAGAAGAACCCUUAUUAAACAUCAAAUUCUUCAAAUUUAUUGUUUUUAUGAGAGAGAAAUAUUAUGAGUUUUAGGGAAGAACUUUUGGAUGAUCACAGAGGAUCUUAUAAAAGGUAUUUUCUGUGGAUUUCACUGAAUAAAACAUCAAAUCACACCUGGUGCUAA